AUGGGCAUUCCGAUGUCCAAGCUCAAUGAAAGCAAUAUGCGAUUCCGUGGUGUCAUCCCUGGGAAGAAAGUCGAUUCACUCGGCCAGAUCACUCUUGACGUGGUUUUCGGUGAUUCGAGGAAUGACCGCAAAGAAAAGUUGACAUUUGAAGUUGUGGAUUUUCACAGUGCUUAUCAUGCCAUUCUGGGCAAACCUGCAUAUGCCCAUUUCAUGGCUCGAUCGUGUUACAUGUACCUCAAGCUGAAGAUGCAUGGUCCCAAGGGCGUGAUCACAAUCACUAGUAAUCGGCAGAGAGCGGAAGAGUGCCUCCAGAAGGGCUCAAAGAUUGUUGAUGAAUAG